AGCGUUUACAGAAACGUUUCCUACGAGAGUGCAACGUUCUUCCAGCGUGUCCCGAAAGCAAAGAGUGCGGUAAAACCAUGUGGUAUUCAACUACAGGGACACUGUAAUCUUGUCACUAUCAUCUUUGGCAUUUCGUCUGGCGCUCUUCACAUGGUUGUUUUUUAAUAGUUGAUUUAUUCCUGUGUACAAGACUGACAGUUUUGUGAUUUUCCGUAGAAUGGGAAGUAACAUAGUGGCAUAACUAUUUUAAAGAUGGAGAGCUAAGACACCAGCAAUAAGAGCGAUGACUUCUGCAGUUGAAGGCAAAGGAAAGGGUGGAAGGGGACACCAAGGGUGAAAGUGGCAUGAAAAUUGGCCAGGUUAAACACAACAAGAAAAAAGGCAGAAAGAAGACUGGCAAGCUCCGUCCUCUGGUGCAGGCGUCCAAGAAGAGAUUUAGUCCAGCCAAGGGAGAGCUCAAACCUAACAGUGAAGGAGCUUUUACCAAGGAAAUUGCCAUUUCAGCCCAGGGAGGAUCCAUUCCUGUCCAAAGAGAGAUAACUCCAGUCCAGAAAGGAGCCAUUCUUAACCAUGAAGGAGCUAUUCCAGCCCCAGGGGGAGCUAAUCCUGCUCAAGGUGGAGCCAUUGAGGCUAAGAGGGAAGCCAUUCUUGGCCAGGGAGGAUCUAUUCUUGGGGGUGAGAUUAAACGCAAAAAGAAGAAAUGCAAAAAAAAAGUUGGAAAAGUACGUCCUCUAGUGGAGGUGUCCAGAGGAGGAUAUGACCCUACCCAGAGUGGAGCCGUUCCUGCCCAAGGAGGAGCCAUUCCCACCCAGGGAGGAGUCAUUGAUGCUCAGAAAGGAGCCAUUCCUGCCCAGGGAGGAGCCACUGUUGCCCAGAAAGGAGCAAUUCCUGCCAAAGGAGGAGUUAUUCCUUCCCCGGGAGGAGUUGUUGCUACCCAGGGAGGAGCCAAGACUAAGCAAGGAGGGGACAUUCCUGCCCAGAAAGGAGCCAUUUCUGCCAAGGUUAUAGCCAAGCCUGCCCAGGGAGAAACCAUACCAGCCUCAUUUGCAGCCAAGUCUGUCCAGGGAGGAGCCGUUCCUAGCAAGGGUGAAAUCAAACCUGAGAAAAAGGCAAAUGUCACACAGAAGGGUAAAAGAGACAGGGAUACUAAGGGAAAAGAUCUUUCACCCAAGAGGAAGAUCUCCAAAGAUCAUAUGACUCUAGAGGGAGACCUAUUGGAGGAAUAUUUGAGGCGGGUGGAAAAGAGGAAUCAGCGCACUCUGUAUGUCAAAGUACCUUCAGUUGGUAUAAAUGAUGCCAAGAUUCUAAAUCCUUUGUUUAAUGAUGCAGUUUCGAUGCGGUUUCCACGGCACAAAACGUAUGGAUAUUGUUACAUUGAGUAUGACUCCCAGGAAAAGGCUGAGAAAAUGAAACCUAUAUUAGAAGAAAUAGAGAUACUUGGGAGCAGAUGCGAGGUGGACUUUGUUGGAGCAAAAUCUAAGAAUUACAUGCCUCCCAAAGUCGUAUGUGUUUACCCUAAAGAGUUAUUUCUAGAUGGUUUGCCUAAAGGCACAACAUAUGAGGACCUGAAGUCAACCUUCUGUACAGGCCAAGUUAUCCAGACCAAGAAAUUUCUCAAAAAAGGUAAUGCCUACAUAACAUACAAAAGUAAAGAGGAGGCAGAAAAGGUAUUUAGGGAUCAGGGUGGCCUUAGAGUCAAUGGACGUGAGGUUAUGGUGUUGUAUGUGAAAGCCUCUCCUAGUGAACAAUCAACUGACCCAGAAGCAAAGCGAAGGAAGGUUGAUGAUACAGCCGAGAGAGAACAAGAUCUCGAAGAUUUGUAGAGAAAAGAUAAUGAUUAAGGCUGACAGUUUUUCAUAUAUCAAGAGGGAUUAAUGUCAGAGAAUCCCACAUGAUGAAUGUGUCUCCUUUAACUGGAGAAAAAUUUACACUACACCUGUAAGAUCGAUGAUUACUUUACAGUGCAGAAGUAAAGGUGCUGAGAAAUAGCUUGCACACUAAAAUAUAUAUAUUGAAUAUAUAUUAUUUUUUCUGCUGUUGUUGUUGGUUAUUUGAUAAAGAUCCCUUUUUUAAGAAUCAUGAGAGAAUAUGUGAUGUAUUUAUAUGUUCUAUGUUACAGACUGUUACUUUCUUUUACUAGAAACUAGAAAAUAAAAGAUUGUUAUUA